UUGUGCAGACAGACAUAAGUUCAAAAGUGCAGAAGAAAUCAUAUAUAGUGGAAAUAUUUUUCACAUUUAGUUUAAAAAAUUGAUAAAAAAUAGAGUUCAUAAUUUCAUAAAAUGGAAGCACCCCGUCGUGAGAGAAUUUCAUAUAAAAAAUAUAAAAAUAGUUUAUUAACACUUGUCUCGAAUCUUUCAAUUGCAAUUCUCUUGUUUCAAUUUCCCCUCACGGACGCAUAUUCUCACAUCCGAGCGUCGGACCAACUUGACGACAGUGCUGAUACCGGCGCAUCCGCUUUAAACAAUAAUAACAAGCUCCUGAUAAUCCUCAUUGAUGGGUUUCGCUGGGACUACUACACCCGGCAAAAGGCAAAGCUACCCGGAUUCUCACAGCUUAUAUCGGACGGCACUCAUGCAGAAUGGGUGGAACCAAUGUUUCCCAGCCUUUCAUAUCCCACGUGGACAACAAUAGCCACGGGCUUGUAUCCAGAAGAACAUAAAAUCCUCGGAAACUAUAUGCUCCACCGUCCAUCGCCAAUCGAUACCACAACAAAUGAUGAACUGUCCACUAUACCGGAAACAGUGUUUUCUUUGUUGAAUGACUCCACAAAGCUGCCGUUUUGGUGGAAAUUUGUCGAGCAAAUUUGGACCACCGUCACCAAAGCGGGAAGAAAAGUCAGCCUUGCUAAUUGGGCUCGUUGUGACGUUCCCUUCAAUGGAAUUCUGCCAGAAGUUUGUACUGGUUACGUGUAUCAGGACGUCAAUACGCAUUUCAGGGAUGACUUACUAAAUGCUUUGAAGCGACUUCAGAACGGAUUUUCUUUAGCCAUGGUGUACGAUGAUUUGAUUGAUCACGUCGGUCACAAAUUCGGCCCGGAUUCCAACGAGCUUAAGCUCACCUUGGUGCACAGGGACGCCCAAAUCCGCGAGUUAUUGAUGGCUAUUCAAAUGAGUGGAAUGGCAAACAAAAUCAACGUCAUAAUCACUUCCGACCAUGGGAUGACAAGUCUCGACAAAACUGUGAAACGCAUUUAUCUCGAAGAAUUUGUAAAUAUGGGUGAUGUCCAUAGAGUCGUCGACUACGGUACCGUAGUGUCCAUUGCAGCAGAGAAGGAUAGAAGCGCAGCGUUGGCACAAAGUCUGGCAGCCAUUCCCUCAGCUGGUGUUUUAGUUUACUCGAAGGAUGACAUCCCAGAAGAAUUGCACUACAAAAGAGGAACUUUUGCUUUAGACUUUCUCCUAGUUGCGAAACCAGGAUAUUUUAUUGUUGGUGUAAAAGGAGAGAAACAAAUCCCUAAUGAUGAAAAGUCCAGUUCUGCCCAGCCCUAUGCUGGAGUUCACGGCUAUUUCAACAUGACAGAUAUGAGAACCGUGUUUUUCGCUAAAGGCCCCGCUUUCAAGAAGGGAAAGAUACAACCACCUUUCCGGGUUGUUGACCAGUAUCAAAUUUUCAUGAAAGUUCUGGGCUUAUCCCCCAAUCGGCAUCAUGGCAAUUGGGAUUCUGUGAAAGACAUGUUGGUGGCAUGAAAUGGAAUAAAAGAUUUUUGGCUUAAAGAAAUGUA